AAAGAAAAGGGACAGUGGGCUCUGUAUCUGGAUUUAAUGCUCACCUUGAUUUUUAUGUAGUUCUGCAAAGUCCUCCCCGCAUUGGAGAGAUUGUGAAUUUGCCUGAGGGUGCAUUGUUACUGUGCCAUUUCUGACUUAAUUCAUUACAAUAAUUGCUGCCAACAAAAGGCUUUCCUCCAGGAGCAUGGGCAGUGUUUGUUCUUAACCCGUGGUUCAGUAGUUUCAUUUGAGGUAAUGGAAGGUUGGAAAUCUGUUUCAGUGUCUACAAAUUCAAUAAAAAUCAGUGCCUGGGAGGAGGUACUGCUGUCUUGUGUCCUGACUGAGAGGACUUCACAGUGUCUUCCCAUUCUUUGUUGGUGAAACAUGCAAUGGUGGAAGAUCAAAAACGUAACUGCAGGAAAAGCUUUCCUGAGAACAUCCUCGUUGGUAGACCUCAGCUCAUUCAGUGGGAGGAAGAAUUUGAUGAUGGAGAAAAUGCUAAUCAUGUAUGAGUCUACAAGAUGUCAUGGAUCCUCAGAGGGAAGGAUGACAUCUCUUUGAAGUUCUUAUGUCUGGAAAACAGGCGUGCUGGUUUUUUCAGGGACGCUUUCCACACGAAUCUGGAAGGCAUGUGCUUCCAAACUUUAGUUCCUGUCCCACUCAAGACUUUUCUUUGGAAGUUGCCAAAGUGCAGGAGUUCUGUGAAAGAGGAUAUUCUUAAUACAAGAAAUAUUUCUUCUGCAAGUGAGAAUGAAACACUGAGUAGAUCCCAAAAUUUGACAGACAGCUUGCAGAGUUUAAGCUCAGCAAGAAAGGAGGCCAAAAUCAAUUCAGUGACUGCAGGAAAGCCACCUACAGCAAACGGUGACUCUUUGUCACCUGUUGUCCCUGCUAGUCCAGUAUCACAGGUGGAUGUUGAUGCUUCUGAAGAUACUAAAAUUGAGGAAGAAGAUCUUCUAACAGAUUUGAAAGACACACUAAAUAGUUCCCCACCCAUCAUCAAAGAAACUAUGGAGUCAGAUGGAGAUGACUAUGCUUAUGAAAUGACACCAAAUUCCAGAUACAAUCCAGACCUUCUAGAGAUUUCAGAAGAUGACAACUCUGACACCAUCAGCAAUUACAAUGAGGAGAUCAAGACCCUUGAUGAGAAGAUAAAAGCUGUUUCUGUCUCAGGGUUGGAUGAAGAAGAAGACAGCCAUUUCUUUUUUCAUCUGGUGGUAGUUGCCUUCUUAGUAGCUGUUGUUUAUGUCACCUAUCACAAUAAGAGGAAGAUCUUCUUACUGGUGCAGAGCCGAAGAUGGAGGGAUGGCCUGUGCUCCAGGACAGUGGAGUACCAUCGCCUGGAUCAGAACGUCAACGAAGCGAUGCCUUCCCUGAAAAUAACCAAUGACUAUGUGUUCUGAAAGCACUGUGACUCGAGUUUGCUGAACUGAUCACUCUCUGCCUGCCCAGUCAUGUAAUGAUAUUCAGGUAUUCUAAAUAAGCUGCUUGUACAGAAAUGAGAUGUACUCUCUUUGACCUGGAUGUUUUGGAGAUUAAAUCUCAUGGAAGAUCAAGGGCAUGAUCCAUCUGUUUGCUACUUUGGUCGGGUUUUAUAGCAACUGUGAAGAUUGAGAAUUUAAUAAAUUAGUGCUCUUUCCAUUCAUUAAGCAUCAUUUUCUUCUGUCUGGAGCAGUCUUAAUAGUCAUACUGCAAAAAAUAAGGAUAAAAUACUUUAGGUCUAAUAAAUUAAUGACUUUGGCAUCACUAAAUCAAAUUAAUGAUCUCUUUGCUAAUCACUUACAUGGCUCAUAAAUUCCACUAUAUUGCAAACUUAAAAUAUAUUUUUUUCUGUGCUUAAAUUCUGAUGCUGCAAGUCUUUCAUCUCAUUUUUUCUGAUUCUGUUUUCUUGUUGCAUAAUUUGAUCCUAUUUUGGCAAAAUAGCUAGAAUGGCAAUUUAAUAAUUUAUAUAUGUGUUCAUGCCAUAAAUAAUUUUAUAACAAUUAUGUAUAACCCAUUUUAUUUCACAAGUUCUGUACCAUAUAUUUCCUAAAAUGUUUAAGGUGUUUGUGAAGGUAUGCAGCUUUUCUUGACUCUCCUUUUUUUUCUCUGAUGCUAUUUAUGACUUCAUUGUCUUUGUAAUUAAUGAGUGGAAAACAAGCCUUGUUGAAUAAUUUUACUAAAAUGUAGAUAGCUGACAGGCUUUCAAUACAUCAAAGCUUUCUGUUGAAUUUUUAGACAGUUGGGAAAUGGCUAUGUGAUUUGUUAUAUUAUAAAUGGGAGAAACUGUAAGAGUAAUUUAUUUGGUUCUUUUUCUGACCCAGGUAACAGACAGGUGAAAGUAAGUGCCAGUCUGUGGACAGUGCACUCUCAUUUUUGACAAACAUUUAUGCAUUAGUGUAAAUCAAGUUACUGCUACAGUAGUUUUUUUGUUUUUUUUUUUUUUUAAUUUUGUCUUUUGUACUUCCAUUAUUUAUGUUUUCAUGAGUUGUAAAAUAUAAAAUUUUAGUUUUCUGUACAUUCUGUUUGUGAUUUAGUUUUCAGACUGAUAUGUUUGUAAAUAAUGGUGAAUCAGAACCCCAUAAUUAAUAACUUGGUAUUCAAGUAGUUAUGUAACAUUUGGAAACAAAUAAAUGUCACGCCUGUUGGCAUGAGGAGUCUGAAGGCAUGGUACUCUUUAGGAAUGAAAUGCUAGAAGUUCUAUAUCCUACAGUUAAAUGCAUUCUUUUCAUAAACACAGAAAGUAAAGCACAAACAAAAUAUCCCAAAACUCUUUUCUUGCAGUAAUUUUUAUUGUAUUUGGACUUGUAUCACUUAAUAUUUUGAAUAAGGUUUUUCAAAUAAAUGACAAUAAUAAGCCUGUG